AUGUCUUUUGCUCAAUACACUGAUGUUAAUGAUAUAAAACAAAGUGGAUAUUCAAAAUGGCGUUCAAUAUUAUUACGAAUGAAUUAUUCUGGUAUGGAUUAUCAAUAUCAUCAAAUCAAAUUAAAUUAUCAAACAUUUCGUCAUACAAUAUGGCGUACAUUGAAUUCAUUGGCAAUAAUUAUACUUAUGAUUAUAUCACUUUUUACAUUGAAUAAUAAUAAUUUUUUCAUCACAAUAAUUGAUCUGGAAUUGAUUACCAAUACAAAACAACGACGAUUAUCGAAAUAUAAUCGCCAAUAUUUAUGUCAUUAUUUUACCAUUUCAAAUCGUAUAUUCAUGUCAUUGAUUCAUUCAAUUAGCUGUACGAUUAUAAUCAGCAUAUUUGUGGCCACAUAUUUAUCAUUUAAUUAUUAUCUAAAUGAUGAUAUUAGUUUCAGUAAAUUUAUUCUAUUCAUACCAAUCUAUUUGAUUGGUUCAUCGCAUACAAAUUUUCUUGUCAAAUUAUUCAUUGGUAUUGGUAAUUAUUUAUUGUUUUAUACAAAAUUUCUGGAAUUAAGAUUUUUACAACUAAAACGUAUGAUGAACAUUAUUGUACGUGGACGAAAUGUUGAAAUGAAAACAUCAAAACUAAGAUUACCAAGUCAUUAUUGCAUAUCGAUAUUAGUAUCGAUAAUUGGUGAUCAUAUUGUUCACUGUGUUUAUGGUGAUGGUACGAUAAUUGUGCAGAAUUUUACAUCAAAAAUUGUGGACAAUGAUGAAAGUAGCACCAGCACUAGCGACAAUGAUAAUGAUAAUGAUGGAACAGAAAAUUCUGAAACUUUUAUCGGUUCCGGUGGCUUGAAUUCAGCAUUAACAUCAUCACUAAUGUUUCCACAACAACAUCAACAACAACAACAAUUACAACAGCCACAAUUACAACAGCCACAAUUAUCAUUAUCAAUGCCGUUUACAUAUCAAACACAAACAUUUUCAGAUAAUACCACAAAUACAGAUAAAGAUCGUACUCUGAUUAUCCCAGCUCCAGGUUCCAGCACUGGUUUUGUUUGUCCAACACCUUUUGGUCGAUUUCGUUAUGAACUUUGUGAAUAUUAUUAUGUGUGUUUUUUUGGCUAUCCAUUUUUAAUCAAAUGUCAUCCGGCUAAAAGAUUUGAUAUACGUGUUAAAAUGUGUGUAUCAUGGCAACAGGCAUACUGUCAGGAUGUUAUUGCAACGAUUGGACCACCAGCACCAAUACCGCCUGGUGAACCACCAAUGUUACCAACGAUAAUACCACAGCAGCCAAAACCUUUUAUUAUGCAACCAAUUCGUACACGACCGCCACCAAUAAGACGACCACCAAACGGAUUUUUUAGACCACCACCACCACCACCACAACAAUUUCCACAUAUAUCACAUAUUCCACAUAUUCCACAAAUACCACAAUAUCCACAAUAUCCAAGACCACCAUAUAUUCCAACAAUGUCUGGCAUACCAAAUGGAAUGCCUGCAAUGCCUAUGAUACCGCAAUUGCCAACCGUUUCCGGUGUACCAAUGUUACCUGGCAUAAUGAAAGAUCAACAUCAACCAAUAAUGGGCGAUAUGAACAACAACAAUCAACAAAUGGAAUUUCCAAUGAAUAAUCAAAUAUUCAAUGGCAAUAAUCAAUGUCCACCACCAUCAUCAUCGAAUCGUGUGGGUAAAAAACUUGUCCAUCAUCAUCAAGUGGAUAACAAUAAUAAUACAUUGAACGAUACUACUAAUCUAAAUGAACGAUCAUUUGGUCUUUUAUUUGGUAACAAUAAUAAUAAUAAUGGUGAUGAUAAUGAUGGUGAUGAUGGUGAUAAAAAUGAUAUUAUCUGGUGUUGA